AUGAGUGGUCAUGUUGGUAACCUAAGUCUACAGCAACAAGAAGCAUUAAAUAAAUUUCGCCUCAGAUUCACCAAUAUCUUGCCACCAGAAGAGCUAGAUGACGAUUACUUCUUGCUGAGAUGGCUGAGAGCCCGAGAUUUCAAUUUACAAAAAUCAGAAGAAAUGCUAAAGAAGAAUUGUCGAUUUCGUAAAGAAUGGAAGAUUGAUAGAUUAGUCGCAGAGGACAAUGUUCCUGAGCUUUGGCGUACCUACUAUCCUGGAGAUUAUAUAGGAUAUGAUAAAGAUGAAGCACCCAUAUUCUUGCUAAAUAUUGGCAAAUUUGAUGUUAAAGGCGUCUUUUUAUCUAUGAAAGCAGACGAAAUAACUAAACAUGCUUUAGCGGUAGCGGAAAAAGGCAUGCAGUUAUGUGAACGGCAGAGCAAAAAGCUUGGAAAAAGAAUAGAAGGUGUAACAGUUAUUGAAGAUAUGGCAGGCAUGCCUAUGACUGGAUUUUAUAAACCAGCAAUAGCCCACUUUACUAAGGUGUUAGGAAUGUUUGAGGAUAACUAUCCGGAAUUUAUGAAACAUGCCUUUAUCAUUAACGCUGAUCAUCUGCAAAUACUUGAGCAAUACGUCGAUAAGGAUUUCAUUCCCAAAGCUCUUGGCGGUAAUCUUACCGAUGAAAAUGGCGAUCCACAUUGCUCUGCAAUAGUUGGAUCCGGUGGCAAUGUCCCACGGUCUCUUUAUCGCUCUGAACUAAUUAAAGAAUCUGCCCGCCCUUUGGACGAUUAUUCUUCGGUAGUAAUUGCUAGAGGGGAUUCUUUAAAAUUAAAUUACAAUAUUGAAACUUCUGGUGCGUUAUUAAAAUGGGAAUUUAAAACAGACUAUUACAACAUUGGAUUCGGUGUUAUAAAGGUAUUUAGAAAUGAUGAUGGAAGUGAAGAAAAUUACGAAGUGAUUCCCGUUAUAAGACGUAAUUGUCAAAUCGUAAUCGAAGAGGGCAGUUACCUUUGUGAAGAUCCUGGUACAUAUAUCCUGCAUUUCGACAACAGCUUUAGUUGGAUAACGAGCAAAAAAUUGUAUUACAUCAUUGAAGUUUUGCCACCGGAUGAAGCCGUACCGAACAACUUUGAUAUAGAAUUAAACAAUUCUUUAUCCGAUAAGCCAAUAGUGAAUGAAAAUGGCGAAUAA